CAGGUUUCCACCCGAGGCUCAAAAGGACCAUGAAGAGGUACGAAGAACUAGGUAUCCCAACCCAACAUCUCAACGACGAGGAACCCUUUUGCUCCCCAUACGCAUUUCUUUCUUUUCCCCGGAGCUUCCCGUCAAGUUGUCAAAAGAGAAGACGUCUGACCGGCGAUCGCAACCCAGCACUCAAAGAACGCGAGAUAUAACCGUUCCAAGAUGGCGGCACCCAUGAGAUCAGCCGUCACCAAAGUAGGCGCGGAGAUGGCAGCUUUCGGCAAGCAGCACCUCGGUCGGGGUAUUGCGCGCGCAACGGAGUUGGUAUGGGACAACGGAAAGGGAUCCUGGUUGUAUACGGUUGAGGGCCAGAAGUACCUGGACUUCACAUGUGGUAUUGGGGUUACGAACCUUGGACAUUGUCACCCCAAAGUCGUCAAGGCAGCACAGCGUCAAUGCGAUCGAAUCAUACACGCACAGAUCAACGCUGGGUACCAGAAACCGCAACUGGAACUGGUACAAAAGCUCCUGCCAGUGAUGCCACACGAGUCACUGGAUACCUUCCUAUGGUUCAAUUCGGGCUCCGAAGCAUCCGAGAACGCGGUGAAGCUCGCUCGUCACGCAACGAAGAAGCAGAAUGUCAUCGUUAUGCAGGGCGCUUUCCAUGGGCGAACAUUCGGGGCAAUGUCUAUGACUCGGUCGAAGACCAUCUACUCCGCAGGAUUCGGUCCGUUAAUGUCAGGAGUAUAUGUCACCCCCUUCCCUUACACCUAUCACUACCUCCGCGAAACGGGUGGAGACAAAGCCACUGCCGAAGACCGAUGUGCCGAUCAUGCCAUCCGGGAGUUGAAGCUUCUCCUGAAGCAACAGACCCCAGCGAGCGAUACGGCGGCUAUUAUCAUUGAGCCUGUGUUGGGAGAAGGCGGUUAUGUUCCAGCACCACAACGGUAUAUGGAACAGCUCCGCAAGCUCUGCGAUGAGAACAAUAUCCUCCUCAUCAUCGACGAGGUACAAUCCGGGUUCGGCCGAACAGGCACGUACUUUGCCAUCGAGCAAUAUGGUGUACGACCGGAUAUCCUCGUCAUGGCGAAGGGGAUCGCAAACGGGUUCCCAUUGAGCGGCUUGGCUAGCCGGAAGGAGUUGAUGGAUAAGCAGGCGCCUGGGAGUAUGGGUGGUACCUACUCGGGUAACGCCGUGGCUUGCGCCGCUGGAGUCGCAUGUGCAGAUGUAAUGCACGAGGAGAAGAUCCUGGAAAACGUUGCAGCACGAGGAGCUCAACUCCGCGCAGGCCUCGAAUCCCUCCGCACAUCCCCUACCCUCGCCCCCCUCAUCGGCGACAUCCGCGGCCGUGGUCUUAUGGUCGGUCUCGAAUUCAGCCCGGAAGCUCCCGCAGGCAUCUCCGCCCGCGUCCAGAAAGCGUGUCUCGAUCGAGGUCUGCUGGUGCUCACGACGUCGGUGUUUGAGACGCUAAGGUUUAUCCCGCCUUUGACUGUGUCGAAAGAGGAGAUGGAGAAGGGGUUGGAGAUUUUUGGGGAGGCUGUUAGGGAGGCUGUUGAGGCGUGAUGUGGGAGGACAGAGUUUAUGUUGGCGUUUUGGCAUUUUUGCGAAAGCUUUGUAUUGGGUGGCGCUGGUUACGAUGGUGUUCCAAAAGUAUUGAUCUGUACCGAAGGUUAUCGAUGUAGAUAUUGUCGUUCAUUAGAAUAAAUGCAUUUUGUCAG